CGCGACGGUCUUUGUAUACAGUCCUUGUGGUUCAAAGUCAAAGCCGCUCCGUGCCGUGCUCCGGAGGCUAUCCUCGGGGAACCGUGUGCUCAGCUGAGGAGGCCGCUUCUCUGACGGACGGAUACGUGAUCUUCAUCCUCCUCACCCCCGACGACGCUUUCGCCGUGUGCGCCCCACGACGCGAACGCACGGCGGGGCCGCACGUGCCGGCCGACCUCGAGUGGGUGGUGUUGGUGUGUAUCGCGAGUGCCUGUCUUCCGUCGUUGGUGUGCCAUGCGCUAAGGAUCCACAUGGCAGCCUGUCUUCAACGGCUAUCCUGUAGCUGACUUUUUACUGAGGGACUGACAAAGCAGAUGUUGCAAGUGUUUCUACUGGGCCAUUGUCGAGAACUCUAAGAACUGGGGUCGGUGGCCAGCAUGUCUCAGCACAGUGACGAGGCGCUGCUGGUGGCUGGCAGCGACAGCUUCUGGGAGCCCGGCAACUACAAGCGAACCAGCAAGCGCACAGAGGAUGGCCACCGGCUCUGCAGCGAGCUGAUACAGCUGGUGCAGGAGCGCUCGGAGGUGGAAAAGGCGUAUGCCAAGGGCCUCAGGGCCUGGUCGCGCAAGUGGGCUGAGCAGAUCGACAAGGGCCCCGAGUACGGCACCACCGAGGCCGCCUGGAAAGGCGCAUUGCAGGAGGCCGACCGGACCUCCGAAAUGCAUCUGCGCGUGCGCGACAAGCUGCUCAAUGAAGUGGUUCCACAGAUAAAAACUUGGCAGAAGGAGAAUUAUCACCGGUCCAUGAUGCAACUGCGGGAACGGCGAGAGCUGGACGAGGCAUUCAAAAAGGCCCAAAAGCCCUGGGCGAAGUUGCUCGAUCGGGUGAACAAGGCGCGCAGUGACUACCACACAGCCUGCAAAGCCGAGCGCUCGGCCACCAACCAGGAGCGGAACGCUGGCGCGGACAGCUCGCUGUCGCCUGACCAGGUGAAGAGAUCCCCUGAUCCAGUGAAGAAGCUUCAGGAUCGUGUAGCCAAGUGUAAAGAGGAGGUGCAGCGGACGCGGGAGCGCUAUGAAGCCGCCCUGCAAGAGAUCAACGACUACAAUGCCAAAUACAUGGAGGACAUGACUGUGGUGUUCGAUAAGUGCCAGGAGUUUGAGCAGCGACGCCUGAAGUUCUUCAAGGACAUGCUGUUUUCCAUUCACGGCUGCCUCAACAUCUCCACAGACCCAGAGCUUCCCCAGAUUUACGAAGAAUACCGGCAUACAAUACAUAAUGCCGAUGCAUCAAAGGAUCUCAAGUGGUGGUCCAACAACCAUGGUAUUGGCAUGGCAAUGAACUGGCCACAGUUUGAAGAGUACUCCGAGGAAUUCCGGGACAUCGUAGGCAAGAGCAGCAAGAAGGCAGCGAUACCCGAGAGCGGCAUCACCCUCGUCAACCAGCACAAGAUCGGCGAGGAGCUACCUGAGUACACACCCGAGGUGCAGCACAUUCACCGCAAGGAGAAAAAGGGCAUCGACUCUGGUGGCAUCACACUGACGAGCGUGAGCACACGCGCCGAUGGUGUGGUGCCCAAUGCACCGAAAAACCAGAGCACCAACAAGGGACCCAAGGAGACAGGCACCAACCAUUCCACCGUAGCGACAACCAACAACUCCACGCCACCCACUGGCACCACAAACACGGUGAAAAAGGCUUACAACCCGUUUGAAGAGGACGACGACAAGAAUGAGGUCGACCACCCGAGCGACAUGAAUGGGCGGGCAGGUGAAGCGAACCCAUUUGAGGAGGACCACGAAGAUUGGGACGAAGAGUCAAAUGACGCACUUGUUGACAAUGGCGAGCCGGGUGUGCCUGUUAGAGCACUGUAUGACUAUGAUGGGGCUGAAGCGGACGAACUAUCUUUUAAACAAGGGGACCAGUUUGAAAAGCUAGAGGACGAAGACGAACAGGGCUGGUGCAAAGGCCGCAAGGACGGCCGGGUUGGCCUCUACCCCGCCAACUAUGUGGAAGUCGUCGUCCCCUAGAUGUGUCGCGAGCCAGGCCGAGCCGAGGUGAAGUGGCUGACCGCUGACGCCGAAGCACACGUGCAUCGGCAGCAGCUCAUGAGCCGCCACUCUUCGCCCCGCGUGCUCUGUCGAGACGAAAUGAGUUGGAUGAAAAAGACUUUUGCGUUGUUUUUGUUUUUCAACACCCGCAACUGUUGCCACACGGCGCGUCGUCCUCUUCUCCGAUUCUUCCAGUGUCGGCGCACCAUGUGCAAGCCAGUGGGCUGCACGGACAAACGUGGCUGGUGCGUGUGUGCGCGCGUGACAAAAUGGCGCACGUUGUUGACGCGUCUGUCUCCUGGCGCUCUUGUUUGCUUCGUCUCUACGAAGGAUGUGUUGCACCUGUUGGUGUGUGCUCUACGUUGUUUUUUUUGGUCACGUGGGCACAGUGUCGCUGGAAAGGACUGUUGCACAGUGGGCGCGAUGUGUGCGUGUUGUGUGGUUUCACUGUCGGGAUGUCUGCUGCACUUAAUCCAGAGAGGCGAAUGGUCGCUGCUACGUGUUCUCUUCCAUAAUAGAUGUAGACUGAAGGAGAGAGAGAGAAGCAUUUGGCGAAACUUGUGUCGCGCGUUGGUCCUUUUGCCCCUGGUAGAUAGCAAUGCCUUCCGUAUUGGCUUUCUUGUGUUGUUACCACGGCUGGUGCGAUAACUUGGCCAACUUAGAAGCUUUGUACACAUCAGUGGCAUUUAUUUAACUGCGAUGACCUCUCGCUGACCUCCCCUUUCUCUCUGUAGUAAUUGUUUGGGUAUGUUGCACAGAACCCUUCCUUUCGUUUAUUUUUUCCCCUCUGUCUGUACAUACUGUUGCAGUGCCCAUUUGCCUGUCGGCAUGUUGCAAUUGCAUGUAAAGAGUUUAACCGAGGAAUGUAGAUUUCAAAUUUAGAGACCGUGUGUUUAUUUUUCUAAGUUAACGUUUCUUUUAUUUCAAAUCUGGCAGUGCUGCGGUUGUUUUUUAUGGCUGGCUUCGAAUGCACAGUCUUGCGAAGCUCUAACACUGCACCGAUAAUUGUUGUUGCUGCUUCGGUGAGACUAUUUGCAGCUUUCUUUUUUUGUGUUGAGAUCCUCUUAAGACUGGUUCAAUGCAUUCAGCCACGAAAAUGUCUUGCGAGUACAAGCCCGCUAGAAGCGUCGGGGACAUUUCCUUGGCGAGCUUGAUGUUCUAGGCGUUGCCCACUCCGAGAAAGCACUUUCAACAAGGAAGUAAUAUGUGAACAUGUUUUUUUAACAGUUCAUUUUUUUAUAUAUAUAUAUCCCUUUCAAAGAAGGGGGGCCUCCUGUCAUUGCUAACCAACCAAAUAAUGUUGAUCUUUCAUAGUCAUUUGAUGUAUAGAAACAUACUUUUACUGCUUUGGUUUACUUUCUUUUGCAACCCAACUACAGCGGGCCAAAAGUGUGGUCUCAUUACUCGGUGUUGAGGACUGAAGUUGCUGUAGUGAGCCGUCAGAUACCUCCUUUUGUUUUUGUCUUUUUCUUCACAGUUUGCACAAGAAGUGCCUUGUAUCUAUACAUUUUUUUUUACUGCACUCUAGUUACUUUUAUGCCGUUUUAUAAGUUUUCUACUACUGGCUUUUUGUGUUCCGGUGUCUUGUGCAAUUUUGCUUCCACGAGAUCUUCAAAGAGAAGUGGCCCUUUAAUGUACCAGUGUUCUUUUUUUUUGUUUGCAGUUACGCGCCUACUGACCUGUUAUAAUUUAGAAGCAUUAGCUGCUGGGCAUACCUUUAGCCCCGCAAUUUUUUAUUACACAUAUUCGUGGACGUUUCGUUUUGUUCCACUGCUGUGUGGUUUUACAGCGGAUGUACGGGACUUACCAGUGAGAGAAUUUGAUACAGAGGCCCCAUAAAACAAAAAACCACUUGCAAAAGGGCAUCGGAUAACCUCUAUUUCUUCCUUUCCUUUUAAAUAAGAGCAUCUGGCUUCAGACUACGCCGUCGUCAUGUUCAAUGUUACUGCCAGCAGCGAUCUCUGAAGUGAGAAAUUUCUUUCUUCUCUCAUUUUUUUUCUUUUGCUGGGUAUCCUAACCUGCGUUUGCACUUUACCUUGAUAAUAACGAAGCAUGCACUGUAGAAGCGU